GUUACAAAAAAAAAAAAAAAAGAAGUUUAUUAGAAGAUUCUAUAUGGAAUCACGGUUUCACUAUAUUAUUAGAGUCUGAGCUAAAUAAGGCUCCACACAGGAAAGAAAAUUGUAGGGAUUCACCAAUCAGUUCUUGGAUACACAUACCCUGAAAAAAAAAUUAAAGUAGAAACAAGAAACUGGGGACAGUAUUUGUAUCUUUUUUAAUAAUUUUCUUGUAUUACAUCACUUGGAAUAAAUUGGUCUGGCAUGAAGAAAACAAAAUAGAAUCGGAUUAAUUACAAGUUCCAAUUUGAUAUAAAUUUAUAUUUUUUGGGAAUUGGUUGGAAUGGGAUCUUCCUCUUCUAAAACAAAAAGGACGAAGAUUGGAUUUUCUCCUCCAAGGAAAAUGGAGAAGGAAAAGUGAGUUAUUUUCCAUUACUUCAAGCCAGGAAGAGGAACCUAAUGCUUUUCAACUUAUUUUGAACUCUGGUUCGCUUUGCUCUAAAGCCAAUUAACUUGCUCUACUUCCUAGCAAGAACCAGUAAAGUUUAAAGGAGAUGUUAAUUAAAGGAAAUGUACCAAAUACAAUAUCUGAGGGUUUCGAUUCCUUGCGCAAAAAUGGAACUUACCCAAAACUAUCUAAACCAGCCAUCACCUCUUUCGUUUUCUAUCUACGCUGCAAGAAAAAUAAAAUGGUUGAGGCUAUUGUUUCCUUUGCCAUUGAAAGAAUUGCAGAUACACUUGAUCGCGAAGCAAGUUGAGCAAUUGCAAAUCGAAAUGAAGCCGAUCCAAUGCUUCUUCAAAGAUGCAGACAACAGGCAAGAUCCAGACGAGCGGGUUCGCAAUUUGGCAUCCGAAAUAAGAGACGUCGCAUAUGAGUCUGAGGAUGUGAUUGAUACCUUUCUUCUUCUCCCAGCUAGAACAGGCACAAGAGAAAGUGUAUCCAGAUUCAUCAACAGGCUUGCUUUCAUCUUCACCGAAGUUAAUUAUCUACAUGAAAUUGGAACCCGGAUCAAAUCCAUUCAAGCUAAGAUUGGGAGUAUCUCUGCAAGUGUGCAGACUUAUGGCAUCCGAGGUCGUCCAGUUUCCUUGCAUAAAGAGGCAAGAGGAGAAAGUUCAUUUCCAAAACUGGAACCUCUUUCUCACUGUCAACAUUUAACAAACCUGGAGUUACAUGGAGAGAUAUAAGAAGGCUAGGAAUUUCUACCAACAAGUCUUGCCAAGUUAAUUUUGAAGAAUUUUAAGUUCAAGAAAGAUCCAAUGUGUGUUUUAGAGAAGCUGCUUCAUCUAAGAUUUUUAUACUUGCUCUCUGGAUCAUACGUUGGAUAAAAAUGGUUUGCUCUGAGAACGGGUUUCCACAACUUAAUACUCUUAGACUCGAAUCUUUAGAGAUAGUUGGGAAAUAAAAGAAAGUGCAAUGCCAUGUCUGAAGCAUUUAUAUUUACAUGGGCUGUCGAAAUUGAAGAUGGUUCCAAAAGGGAUUGCAUUUGUAACUUCCCUCCAAGAAUUGAAAGCCAGUUACAUGACAGAAGAAUUUACAUUUAGAAGUCGAUUCAUAAUCUUCAAGCGACAUACACCCUCUAUUUCAGUAUCUGCGGGAAAGGUAUAAGUUAAAGCAAGGUAAUAACGCCUUCUUCUUUUAGCAAGAAUUACCAUUUGUCUAGAUUGGAUCUAUGAGUCCCCUUAUGAAUUAUUGUAAUAGUUUAAGAAUUUCUUUAUUCUACCACUGAUGUUUUUGUAUUCUGUAAAAUUCUUCUUCCUUUAUGAAUAGCCAUUCUUUUUUUUA